CUCUCUCUCUCUCUCUCUCUCUCUCUCUCUCUCUCUCAUCUUUUCUUCUUCUUCAAUGGAGGGUUUCUACACCCACCUUUGCAUUUUUCUUUUCCUCCUAAUUACAUGGCCCAUCACAUCUGUUCAAGGCCAAGGCACACGUGUGGGUUUCUACUCUUCGACGUGCCCUCGAGCUGAGACUAUCGUCCGUGACACCGUCCAAGCACAUUUCCGCUCUGAUGCCACAGUUGCACCAGCGCUUCUCCGCAUGCAUUUCCAUGAUUGCUUUGUCAAUGGUUGUGAUGGGUCGAUUCUUCUUGAUGGGCCCGAUGCCGAGAAGACAGCCCUGCCUAAUCGUCUCUUGAGGGGAUAUGAUGUUAUUGACGAUGCUAAGGCUCAGCUGGAAAGGGAGUGCGCUGGUGUUGUGUCGUGUGCCGAUAUUCUCGCACUUUCCGCUCGGGAUUCUGUUGUUCUGACAAGAGGACUAACCUGGAGCGUGCCCACCGGGCGUAGAGACGGGACGGUCUCAUUAGCAUCUGACACUGAUAAUCUACCGUCCUUCACCGACUCAGUCGAUGUGCAGAAGCAGAAGUUCGCUGAUAAGGGCCUCAACACUCAGGAUCUCGUCACCCUCGUAGGUGGGCACACCAUUGGAACCACGGCGUGCCAGUUUUUCAGUUACAGACUGUAUAACUUCACCGCAACUGGCAAUGGCGCCGAUCCAACCAUCGAUCCUGCCUUCGUCACUCAACUGCGGACUCUUUGCCCAGAAAACGGUGAUGGGACCAGGCGUGUGGCACUGGACACUAACAGCGGCAACACGUUCGACGUCUCCUUCUUCACGAAUUUAAGGAACGGCCGUGGGAUACUUGAAUCUGAUCAGAGGCUUGCGACGGACGCUUCGACUAGGACCUUUGUGGACCGCUACUCUGGGACCAUCAGGGGCCUUCUUGGAUUGACGUUCAAUAUCGAGUUUGGGCGAUCAAUGGUUAAGAUGAGCAACAUUGAAGUGAAGACAGGGACUACAGGAGAGAUUCGAAGAGUCUGCUCUGCUGUUAAUUAAAGAACUAUAUUUGAGUAAUUUAAGUAUCAAUCUGUUUGUUAUCUUAUAUGAUUCUAAGGACAAGUUAUUUUCUCCAGAAGUUUGGAGAAUUUUAAAAUUCUAGGGGCAGAUAAUGUAAUUCUCUUUUUGUAAUGGAUCGUUUGAGAUCAAAAUGAUAGACAUCGCGAUGCAAUUGGGUA